CUUUAAAUUUCUCUGCUUUUGAAAAUGAUGUUAUGUUAUGGCAUUUUCGCUUAGGACAUCCGAAUUUUCAAUAUAUGAAAUAUUUAUUUCCUCAUUUAUUUUGUAAUGCUAGUACUUCUUUUAAUUGUGAUGUUUGUAUUCGUGCCAAGCAACAUCGUGUUUCUUUCCAUUCUCAGCCUUAUAAACCCUUGAGUCAUUUUUCUCUUGUUCAUAGUGAUGUAUGGGGUCCUUCACCGGUUACUACUUCCAUGGGAAAAUGGUGGUUUGUCACGUUUAUAGAUGAUCACACCCGUCUCACUUGGGUUUUCCUGCUCACUGAUAAAUCUGAAGUGUCCUCUGUUUUCUAACAGUUUUACACAACUGUCGAAACUCAAUUUAAAACAAAGAUUGGGACUUUAAGAAGUGAUAAUGGGCGAGAAUUCUUUAAUGCCUCUUUCAGAGAAUUUCUCGACUCUAAAGGUAUUGUCCACCAGAGCUCAUGGUCUUACACUCUGUAACAAAAUGGAGUAGUUGAGCGUAAAAAUCGGCAUCUAGUUGAAGUAGCCCGAUCUCUUAUAUUAUCCGCCACCCUUCCAUCAUGCCUCUGGGGAGAUACAGUUCUUACUGCUGCUCACCUCAUUAAUCAGAUGCCCUCUCGUAUUCUUAAUCUUCAUACCCUUUUAGAAUUAUUUAAAGAGUCUUUUCCUAUUACUCGGUUGAUUUCUGAUGUUCCUCUUCGAGUUUUUGGUUGCGUUGCUUUUGUUCACUCCCAUGGUCCAAACCGCACGAAAUUUACUCCUCGUGCUCAUAAGUGUGUCUUUGUUGGAUAUCCACUCCAUCGACGUGGAUAUAAGUGCUAUCAUCCGUCAUCUCGAAAAUACUAUGUCUCUAUGGAUGUCACCUUUCUCGAGGAUCAGUCGUUCUUCCCUGUUAGUCAUCUUCAGGGGGAGAACAUAAAUGAAGAGACUAACUGGUCAUCUUAUGCUAUUCCUUUAGAGUCAGCGCCCAUUCAAACCUUGUCUAAACCUAGUCUUGAGUAUGAUAGUCUGGUUCUUCCUACCAAUCAAGUUCCUUGGAAAACGUACUACAGGAAGAAUCUCAAGAAGGAAGCAGUGUCACUUGUUGAACCAGAACUGCCGGUUCCAGUGCAGGAGUCAGACUUGUCAUCAGGUCCAGAUAGUAAAUCAUGGUGAGAAGCCUGAAGAGGUGAAAGAACGUGAUGCGUCAUUUGAUCUUCCUAUAGCCCUGAGGAAAGCACCUUGUGGUUCUCGGUUAGCUGUGCUUUUUUCUGUCCUGAAGUAUUUGUUUGAGAGAGAAUCCUUCGAGAAGAUUUUGGUACUCUUUUCAACAUGUGAUGCUGUAGAUUUCCACUACUCCCUGUUGGGUGAAUUCAAACUCUCCUCUCCAGAAUCAGAAUCGAGGCCUGAACAUUUGUUCCUUAAAUGCAAAAUUUUCCGGUUGCAUGGGAGUAUGAAGCCAGAAGAUCGUAGAACAACAUUUCAGGCCUUCAAAACAGAGAAGCUGGCUCUUCUUCUGUCCACUGAUAUUGCUGCUAGGGGUUUAGAUUUUCCAAGAGUUAGAUGUAUUAUUCAGUAUGAUCCUCCAGGAGAGGCAAUUGAGUAUGUGCAUAGGGUCGGAAGAACUGCUCGCUUAGGUGAAAGAGGAGAUUCAUUGUUAUUCCUACAACCAACUGAAACAGAUUAUUUGCAAGAUUUGCAGAACCAUGGUGUAUCUCUUACUGAAUAUCCUCUUGUCAAGGUGUUGGAUAGUUUUCCAGUUCGUGGCAGGAAGCAGUUUGUAGAGAAGUUUGUCUCUUUAGAAUCACAUUCCUGGAUCAUGUUCUUGCAGAGGGCUGUCGAAUCGUUCAUUGCAGCUGAGGUUUUUCCCCUCCCUUAAAUUCAAGGUGUGGGAUUGUAGAGUUGAAAGAUUGAACCUCUCACCUCCUAAUAGAGGACAAAUGCCUUAACCAGUUGAGCUAUGUUCAUGUUGGUUUUUUGUUGCCUUUCAAUCUAUUUGUUUCAAUCGAUUAUAGUAUUUUUUUUACCAAUGAUUUACUCCAUUGAAUGCAGAUGUGAUAUUGUCUAAUGCUUCGGCCAUCUCAAAAUCAAGUGCAAGUCUAACAAAGAAACUUGAUUACUCCAUUUGUUUGCUCUCAUCGAGUGAAUUGAAUUCUAACAUCAGUAAUAACUGGUAGCCACAUAUUGAGCUCGACAUAAAUCUUCUGGAACUCAAAGAGAUCAUCUGUUCUCUUUCAUUUGCAUGAUAGAAUGUUGUGUUUCCUGUUUUCAAGAAUAUUGAAAUUCUAAGUAAUGGACUUCCAAAAGGCACCCCAGCGUUUCAAAAGAAUUAUUGAUUUUUUUUUUUUUUCUUUUUUUAGCUUUUCCUUUUUGUUAUUAAAUUAUUUUUAGAUGUGGAUUAUGGAUAAUAAUUUUUGCAACAUACCGAUAAGAGAUGCAAGUGGCAUGACGGGCUACAUUUCUUAGUUUUGUUUUGGGUUUAAAUUAAUUUGUUU